AUGGAAAACUUAAAAUUCAAAGUUUUUGAUUUCUUACACAAACAGCCUCAGUCACAAAUUCCAUCUAUGGGUUUGCAUCCGGAUCUCUUAAAUCCACUUGAAUCUAAUCAACCCGUUAAUGAGGAGCUUGAUUUUCUUAAAAAUCUAGGCAAUGAAGUUAUUUCGGAUGAUAAAAUACUUGAAUCUAUCGAAUCAGUUUAUUUUCAAAUUGAUGACUCAUUUGAUCCGUGUAGACAUGAACUUAAUAAAAUUUUGUAUCGUCCUAAUUGCAAGCAAAUUGAAAAAUUCAAUCAACAAUUCAAUCAACAACAAUAUGUGGUUUCUAAAAAAGUACUUCAACUAAUCUUACAAAAACAAAGUACAUGUAAUCAACAAUUUCAUGAAGUCUUAAGUAUACAUAAUGAAUUGCACAAUCUUAUUACAACAUGUAAAGUGGGCAGAUUAAGUCUUCAUUCGGCUACAAUAAAAUUUACGAUAGCAAGUCUUGGCAUCCUCGCUAAUUACAAACGACGUCAAACCAUUGAGAAACUUAUGUAUAGCUUCAACUCGAUAAAAACUUUGCGACGUACAGAAGAUCUUCUGCAAGAUUUAUUACAUGAUGGGAAUUUCCCAGGAGCAAUAUCUCUUUUACUUGAUUGUCGGAGUGUAGCAGAAACAUAUAAACAUUUUUACUGUAUUGCAGCCUUAAACAAAAAGCUGCAGGAUACACUAGAACAAGUUGAAGAGACUUUAGAUUCUAAUUUAACCAAAAUUUGCGAACAUUUUGAUGAACAGAUAUAUUCAUCAAUUCAAGAAGCAUAUCAGUUGUUAGGCAAAACUCAAAUGGCUAUAGAUCAGUUGCAUAUGCAUUAUACAGUUACGAUUCAUAAUACUGCUUUUGAUAUUGUUUAUUCUUAUGUAGGUGGCAAUGUAAAGAGACAAUUUAAACAAAUAUGUGAAUCGAUAUCAAAUGAAAAUUUUAUUAUCUGCUUAAUUGAUUUGAGUAAAACUUUAUGGAAAAUAAUUCAUUCAUAUUAUCAAGUACUCAAUUGGCAUGGAGCUUGUGGCAAAUACAUCGUAGAACAAGACGAAAAAUCGAAUAAAAACGUUUACAACAAACAAUAUGUACAACAGAAAUUAGAAACAGGUAUCGUGAAAAUAUGGCACGAUAUUGAGAUCAAAAUUUCAACAUAUUUAAUGAGUACUAACGUCACUUGCUUUAAAUUCGAACAAUUUGUUCGAAUUUUAAGUAUCAUUAACAGGUAAAUCAAUUUUUCAUAAUCCUAAAAUAUUAAUACGAAGUUU